CCAUUGUCAUAACCGAUAGCGCCGAUCGAUCGACCAAGCCAUACCGACAACACACUGCAUAUGCUUUGUACACUCUCAAAUCUCUCACUAAGGAACGGCAUCAUCAACUAUCACAGAACGUGGGAGCUUGAACCAAACCUAUAUUACAUUGGGGUGAAAGUAUUCUGUGGUAUAUAUAAAUGGGUAAUGGAGACACAGCGGAUGAUGCAUUUGAGGAGGCAGUGCACCUCAACCCAGCCACCAAGGAGGAGGCAUCAGACGUCGAGAAGGAACCGUUGAAAACGUGCCCCGCCACCAAGAAAGCAUCGGAUUUCCCCGAGUCAUUCCCAGAGGGAGGAUAUGGAUGGGUUGUCGUCGUUGCAUCGUUUUUUGGUUCAUUCAUGUUCCCACUCUGCCUGACCUAUGGUCUCUUCCACGUGGUGCUGGUGGAGCAGCUCGGAAGGAGUAGAGGAGAGACUGCUUUGGUUGGAUCUGUGACGUAUCUAUUUACUGCAGGUGCAGGGCCUUUGUCAAGUUUCCUCUGCAACUUGAUUGGGCAUCGUGGCACAUGUAUCCUUGGUAGCGUGUUGGCUACUUCCGGUUAUCUCAUCAGCGCAUUCUCCAGCAGCUUCGAGCUCCUCUUCUUCUCAUAUGGAUGCCUUGUUGGGACGGGAAUUUCACUCCAGUUGGUGCCUACCAUGGUUCUGGUUCAGUUCUACUUCGAGAAGCGGCGAGCCCUAGCAGUAGCAAUAGUCAGAACAGGGAGCGGAGUCGGUAGUCUGGUCCUACCGCCGAUCGUUCAGCUCCUCAUUGAUGAAUACUCGUGGAGAGGAGCUAUGAUUCUCCUCGCGGGGUUCGCCCUGCAGGGGUGUGUCAUUGGGGCCCUCUUGCGACCAAAUGCGAAGUCAACUAUGAGUAAAAUAUCAAAUAUCAGAGAUCGCCAGAGUCUUUCUUUGAGAGAAACUAUUAUGUCAAAUCUUGCUCAUUUUAAGGACUGUCGAUUUCUAAUGUGUUCAUUAGUGCAAUUCUCGGAGGGAGUACACUCAGUUAUUUAUUAUUAUUUACUACCAGACCGAGUGGUCGGAUUUGGAUUCACGUCCGACCAGGCUGCUUUUUUCUUGUUUCUGACGGGAGUAAGCUCCACGAUUACUCGUCUGGCGACUGGUGUUCUUACAAACCAUUUCAAGUUAAAUUCGAUAGUUCUGCACGGUUGCGCCUUUCUACUCAUGUCGACUUGUCAUUUGUCAUUUAGUCUGUUAAGCAAUCCUAGCUAUGGAGUAUUGGUGACGAUAUCUGUUGUAUUUGGAUUGGGGUUUGGUGUUACAACCUGCAAUUUGAUACUUCUCAUGCUGCAACUGUUUGGGAUUCACCGGAUGACAGUCGCAUUGGGUUGGGUGCUGCUUGCAGAAGGUAUCGGCGGUUUCAUUGGACCGCCAAUAGGAGGCGCAAUUUUUGACAUGACGGAAAGUUACACAUAUUCGUUUCUUUUAUCAGGGGGGUUUGCAUUUUUGGCUUGUGUAUUAACCAUUCCUUUGUUUGUGAUACAUAAAUACAAGUUUAAGCAGGGACUACAACGAGUUACUACUAAAUGUGAUGAAUUUUUCGAUUAAAAUCAUUGAAAUCGAACUUAUUUUUUAAUUUUUUUCGUUCACCAUUUGUUAUGCAACUAACCGGUAUGAGCCCAAACUUUUAUGUAGAAGUAGAGCAUGCCCCUCUUGUUAAAAUAGCCGGCCGAAUUAUCAUGGUAUACAUGUACAUGUAGUUCUUUUAUAUAAGCUUAUCCCAUGACGUCUCAGUACCAAGGAGAUUAGAAGCACAUAAUAGAAUUCUCAGGACAUUCUAUCCUAGGACGUUUCAAACUUCUCCACCCGCGUCAUGGUUGCAACAUUUAUUUAGAAAUAUAUUUGGUCGAACCAACCGAACACAAAAUCCCGUCUCGAGGA